UUUUCUUUCCUGUUUCCAUCCAUUGUCCUUCCUAUCCUCAAAAAUCACAAUUGCCAAUAAACCCUAACGUUUCCUUUUCCUGGGUUUGUUCUUGAUUUCCGUGACUUUUCUGGAUUCGCAGAGGUUUCAUUUGUGAUCCUUUGCUUGUCCUCUGAUUUGUUGUUUGGUUUGUGUUUCGAUGGCGAACGGUGAUGGCACAGAGGAAUUUGUGUUGUUGUCUCAAGUUCGACCUGGGUUGAAGCGUGAAUUAGCCUUUGCGUUGAAGUCUGGAGCAGAGUUUGCUAAUGUCAUUGGUCGGACGCGUGCGAGGAGGUCUCAGAAUGGGGCUUUGAGCAAUGAAGUACCGAAUAAUAUAAGCAACAAGAGAUUCAAGAGCGCAGACUCAAAGAAUGAUGUGGAGAAAAUUUCAGUUGAAGACCAAUUGAUGGGUGUUAUUGAAAAAUCAAUGAAUGAUGAGGCUGUUAAGAGUGAGGUGCCAAUUGGUGUGAUCAAAGAUGAUGUUGAGGGGGUAAUUUCAAUUAGUGAAGACGAGCCGAAGAGCGAUGUGGUGGAUUUAACUAGUGAUGAUGAGCAGAAGAGUGUUUUAGUAGAAUCUAAUCUCAAAGAGGUGGAGCCAAUGGGUGAUUUGGCAGAACCAAUGUGCAUUGUAUUCCCCGAGGUUGAGGACCAAGCAAAAGAGUGCAAUUCAGAUAAAUCUCCAGUCAAUGAGGAUACAGAGAAGGAUGAAUUGAAACCUUUGUGUAAGGAAGGACCUGCUAUGGAAGCAGAAAUUCCAGCUCCAAAGCUAAAUGUGGAACCAGUUGAUGGCUUUCUAGAGAAGGCUUUCUAUGAGAAGCCUACAAGGCGAGUCACUCGUUCAGCUGUGAAAGUAAUGGCCAAACCAUUAGAGAGAUCAGCUACUGUAGAAGGUUCAGAAAGUGAUCCAAUUGGCAAGUUAGAAAUGAAAAUGUCGAAAAAGAUUGAGUUGAAGAGGUAUCCCACAAAGUUGAAGGACCUUCUGGAAACUGGUUUGCUCGAGGGUUUGCCAGUGAGGUACUUGCGUGGCUCCAAGGCUAGAGGGCCAUCGGAUAUUGGGCUUCAAGGAAUAAUUAAAGACUCAGGGAUAUUGUGCUCUUGUGAUAUGUGCUGUGGAACUCGAGUUGUGACACCCAAUCAAUUUGAGUUGCAUGCUGGUAGUUCAAACAAGCGCCCACCAGAGUAUAUUUACUUGGAGAAUAGAAAUACUCUUCGUGAUGUAUUGAAUGCAUGCAAAGAUGCUCCAUUGGAAUCCUUGGAAGUAACUAUUCGGAACAUGAUUAGUUGUUCAUCUGAAAACAAACCUAUUUCCUGUCUGAACUGCAAAGGGCCUGUUCCUGAAGCUGGCACUGGUAGAACAAUGCUACUUUGUGAUUCGUGCAUGAUUUUGAAAGAGUCUCGACCUAGUCCUGUAUUGAGUGAUAAUAGUGAUAGGUCACCAACAAUUAUUUCCAUUCCAAAGUCAUCUGAGAGUGUCUCCUCUAGUUCAUCACGGAGCAAGACUCGGGGGAGGUUAACUCGCAAAGAUCUGCGGUUGCACAAGUUGGUAUUUCAGGAUGAUGCACUGCCUGAUGGAACUGAACUAGCUUAUUUUGUUCGUGGGCAGAAAUGUGCAGAAGGUUAUAAGAAGGGUUUUGGAAUAUUUUGCUUUUGCUGCCAAAGUGAGGUCAGCCCUUCUCAGUUUGAAGCACAUGCGGGUUGGGCUUCUCGUCGCAAGCCUUACCUACACAUCUAUACAUCAAAUGGAGUGUCUCUCCAUGAGUUGUCUUUGAAGUUGUCACAACUGCGGAAGUUAUCUGCCGAGGAAAACGAUGAUCUUUGCUCAAUCUGUGCAGAUGGAGGAGAUCUUUUAUGUUGUGAUAAUUGCCCAAGAGCUUUUCACACAGAGUGUGUUUCUCUACCUAGCAUCCCCAGUGGUACUUGGUACUGCAAAUAUUGUGAAAACAUGUUCCAGAAAGAAAAAUUUGUGGAACACAAUGCAAAUGCUGUGGCAGCUGGAAGAAUCGCAGGAAUAGAUCCUCUAGAACAGAUAACCAAGCGUUGCAUCCGCAUUGUUGAAACUAUAGAGACUGAUGUUGGUGGAUGUGCACUUUGCAGGGGCCAUGGUUUCAGCAAAUCGGUAUUUGGCCCUCAGACAGUUAUACUGUGUGACCAGUGUGAGAAGGAGUAUCACAUUGGCUGUUUAAAGGAGCAUAAAAUGGAUGAUCUAAAGGAAUUGCCCAAGGGGAAGUGGUUCUGUUGCAUGGACUGCAACAGGAUUCAUUCUGCUUUACAAAAUCUGGUAGUUAGUGGAGAACAAAAGUUGCAGGACUCUCUGCUGAGCAUUAUAAAGAAGAAGCUGGAGGAGAAAGGUUCCGAGAGUAGUGCUGAUCUUGAUAUAAAAUGGAGGCUUCUUAGUGGGCAGAUGGCUUCUGACGACACUAGAUUGUUGCUCUCAAAGGCUGUUUCUAUCUUCCAUGAUCGGUUUGACCCGAUAGCAGAUUCAAACACAAUCCGUAAUGAUCUUAUUCCUCACAUGGUUUAUGGGAGGAACGUGAGGGAUCAAGAGUUUGGAGGGAUGUAUUGUGCAAUAUUAUCAGUCAACUCAAACAUUGUGUGUGCUGGGAUUAUUCGAAUUUUUGGAGAGGAAGUGGCAGAACUUCCUUUGGUUGCAACAAGUACCGAUCAUCAAGGACAGGGCUAUUUCCAGGUGUUAUUCUCUUGUAUUGAAAACUUGCUUGGAUUUCUCAAUGUUAGAAACCUUGUGCUGCCGGCUGCUGAUGAAGCAGGAUCUAUAUGGACAGAUAGAUUUGGUUUCAAGAAGAUUACAGAAGAUGAGCUGAUGAAUUACCGGAAAAAAUAUCAGAUGAUGAUCUUCCAAGGGACGACAAUGCUUCAAAAGCCAGUAGUGCGGUCUUGAAAUAUCAGUUAUUUAGUGGAUGGUUGGAUGGUGGUUUGUCUGUGAACUUUACAGAAUUUUGAAAACAAAGCAUCUGCAAUGUCUUUUGGAUGAAUAUGUACAGGAGUGCAUUAUUUUUUUGUAUGUGUACAUGAUAGAGGCGUUUUUGGCGACGAGAAAAACUGUGAGAAAGAGCAAUACUUGGCACAUAGAUACAAGUAUACAGAAUUAGGUGCUUCUGUACAUUUUGAGAAAUUCAUCAGUUUUUGAAAUGUUUCCGUCAAAUUGAUAUACCGGUAAAGGUCAAAUAGGAACGGUUGUAUCUUUCUUUUUUGGGAAGGGGUUGUGUUAUUUAUUUAUUUAUUUUGGUUGAAAAUAUCUAUUUUGCCC